AUUAUAUUGUUUUAUUUUGUGAAAAUUUUAAUUUGUGCAAAUUUUAAUUAUGGUUUACCGGUCAACCGAUCUCAUUCAACUUUUUGAUCCUUCCGAGGAGUCAAUGGUAAAAAUCUAUCGUAAAUUAGCAUUGAAUUUCCACCCUGACAAGAAUCCUGACAAACUUAUUGCGGAGGAACUGAUGAAAAUGAUCAACCAUCAUUACCGGUUAAUUGAAACAAAUGAUGACGAGACUCUGGACCGAUAUCCAAUUUUUGUUUCUAAGUAUUCUGAUGGUCAAUGCCAUACAAGUCAACCGGUCAUUUUGCAAGAGGGCAAAAACAUACAAACCCAAUUUGGUCAAGUUUUUGGAGUCCCAAAAGAGGAAAUCAUCGGUUGGACUGGCAUUAUUCGACCAUGGAGCCAUGUUACUGUCGUUAUAAAUUCUGAACCGGUGAAAAAAUCUGACAACAGAACCGAUAUUGAUUUUAUCAAAGAUACAUUUUUGGACCGGUUGUUAACUAAAGUCAAUAAUAAUAUGCUUCUUCGUGCUAUUGAAGAAUUUUUGGUUAUAGGUAAAAUGUCUCUGAAAAAUUACCUGGAUAAGAGGACAGGUAUAGCCAAAAUAAAACUGGCAUCAGAUUUCGAAAUCGAAAUCAAAACCGGUAAAAAUUUAAAUAACAGAGAUUUGACUUUUGCCAAGUUUUCUUUCUUAUUGGGUGAAAUAAAUAGAAAUUUUGUAAAAAGUGGUCAAAAUUGGAAACUGCCUGGAUUAUCUAAAUACAUAAUACCUAACCGGUCGUUGCCUCAAGAUUUCGCCGUUUGCCUACAUCAUGGAAUCCAAUUCUCUUGGAACUUGGUUGAUAAUGAGGCCGAUAUAAAUAAAUCAAUCUAUUUGGCGAUUCAAGCGAUGGAAAUGAUUUUUAUAAAUAUUAACCGGUUAGGAUCGAAUCUUCCGCUUCUUUCAUCAGCAGCAAGUCUAGAGAUUAUUCCUCGCGAUCUCAAAACUUGGAACGAAGAUUUAAGAAAAUAUAUUGGAUACGACCGGUUGAACUCAUUUGAGACAAAAAAUAAGAUUUGGCUUAAAGAAACUCUUUUUAAUAUCAAAUUCAAACCGGCAGAUCUUCGCGUAACCGGUUUUGAAGAUUAUAUUUAAUUUCAUUGUAAUUUCAAUUUUAACAAAAUAAUCGGUCAUAAAA